AACAAGCGAUACACUUGCGUUGAUCGGAGCAAAUCAUCGGGGCGGGAGAUCGCAUAGCUCCGGGGCACCUGCUCCGUAUAUAAAAUCGUAGGCCCGAAUCUUUUCUACAUCACAUAUGAUCAUUCGGUCAUCCAAAACAGUUGCUAAAAUGUUUAAGUUCGUAGCUUUCGCAUGCCUGGUAGCUGCCGCCAAUGCCGGCAUCGCACCAGUCACCUACGCUGCUGCCCCAGCAUACCAUGCCGCGCCAGUGACUUACGCUGCUGCCCCGACUUACCACACCGCCCCAGUGGCCUACGCUGCCGCCCCAACUUACCACGCCGCCCCCGUGUCUUACGCUGCUGCCCCGAUCGCUAAAGUCGCCUACUCCGCACCCGUUGCCAAAUACGCCGCCGUAGCUCCAGUCGCUAAAGUCGUCGAAGAAUACGACGCCAAUCCUCAGUACAGCUUUGCCUACGACGUGCAAGACGGUGUGACUGGCGACUCUAAGAGCCAGCACGAAUCAAGAGACGGUGAUGUCGUACAGGGCUCCUACUCGGUUGUUGACCCCGAUGGUACCAAGCGUACAGUGGACUACACUGCCGACCCACACAACGGAUUCAACGCUGUUGUACGCAAAGAGGCUCUUGGUGUGAAGGCUGUCGCUGCUCCCGUCGCGUACGCCGCUCCCGUCGCUAAAGUUGCUCCGGUUGUCCACUCCGCUCCAGUGUCUUACUCCGCCCCAGUGUCUUACUCAGCUCCACUCGUCCACUCCGCUCCCGUGUCAUACUCCGCUCCACUCGUACACUCUGCUCCCGUAGUUCAUCACACACCCGUUUCAUACUCCGCACCUGUUUACCACCAUUAGAAAAACCGUUAUUUAUAUUUCAAAAUGUAAAUAUUUUUGUACUUAAUUAUAAAUAUUUAUUAGAAUGCA